UGAGGCCCAUUUGGCGCUGUAUGAGGCCCAUUUGUGGCCCCGUCUACUCCUAGUUUUGAUUAUUGUAAUUUCUGACCAUCAAAUAUGAUUCUGUUUCUAUAUAUUAUCCAGAGAUUUCAUAUGGUUUAAAAUCUAAACCUAAUUAAUGUACAUUAUGAAAAAGUACCACCAAUAUAGACAAAAGUAAUAUUCACAUCAACUCUAGAUUUACAAAAUAUGGUAAACUAACCAUAUCUAAAAUAUGUGUAUAUCUCGUAAUAAAGAAAGACUCAACUCUAGAUUUGCACAAAAAUGUAAAAAAAGAGUUGAUAAUGAUUCUGAAUACAGUAUAUGGAUACGAAGCAAUUGCUUUAACUCAAACUCCAAAUUUGAUCUCUCUGGUAGGGAAGUAAAAUAACGACGAUGGAAUCUCCGCCGUCACAGGAUAUGGAUUCUUCUCCUACGGGACUGUUUUUGUUUAUGUUACCUCUGAUGGCCAUUGUAGGAAUCGUUAUCUACUUUGAUAGAAUUUGCAUAGAGCCUAUUCAGCAACCUCCUACGGAAAUAGCUCUUGAGACUCACCAAAAUUCUCAUCCACUACCUCAGUCUCAAGAAGACAUUGAGACCGGACAUGUAAUGCUGCCUCAGCCUCAACAAGACAUAACAAUCGGAUGUAUGACGUGGAUCAAUGAAACGACAGUUUUAGAGUUUAAAGAUAUCGAAGAAGGGUCCAAUAAGAUUUGUUGUCCGAUAUGUCUUGAAGAGUUUGAAGAUGGCCAUGAGAUUAUUCGUAUAAAUAUGUGUAGACAUGUUUUUCAUCGUUUUUGUAUUGAUUAUUGGCUCAAUCAGAAUCGAAGCUGUCCGAAUUGUCGAUGCUCCCUUAAUGCAAGAAAGAGCCUAGAGGGAGAGUAGGGUUUAUUUUUUUAAUCUCCUUAUAUCGAUUUAUUUCAU